UGGCUUAUGCUUUGCCAGUUCCUAGCCAUCGGUGCUAUGUUGGCAAUGGCACAGAGUACAGAGGUACGGCAAAGACAACCAUUUCUGGACACAGCUGCUUGCCUUGGGAUUCAGACUUGCUUUAUCAAGAGCUACAUGUCGACAGCAUUGAGAAAGCAGUACAGCUUGGCUUGGGGCCGUUCUCUUACUGCAGAAAUCCGGAUGAUGAUGAGAAGCCAUGGUGUUACAUCAUGAAGGACAACAGUUUGUCUUGGGAGUAUUGUGACAUUCCAUCUUGUGCAAGCAGGGAAAGGAGGCCACCGGUUCCAGACAAGGUAGAUAGUUCUGCAGUUACCAGAAGACCAUGUGGGAGAAGACACAAAAAAAGAAGUUUUGUGAGACCUAGGAUUGUUGGAGGAUCUUCAUCUCUGCCUGGAUCUCACCCCUGGACAGCAGCUAUCUAUAUUGGAGAGAGUUUCUGCGGUGGAAGCCUUAUUCAGACUUGCUGGGUUGUGUCAGCAGCGCACUGCUUUGCUAACAGUCCACUAAAAUCAACUAUUACAGUAGUUCUGGGACAGCAUAUAUUUAAUAGAACAACUGAUGUAACACAAACAUUUGAAAUAGAGAAAUACAUCUUGCAUCCUCAGUAUUCUGUGUUCAACCCUACUGAACAUGAUAUCGCUCUGAUUAAACUGAAGAAGAAUGGCCAACGUUGUGCUGUCAAGUCCCAGUUUGUUCAGCCCAUCUGCUUGCCGGAGAGUAACACCAUUUUCCCUGAUCAGUUCAAAUGUCAGAUUUCUGGAUGGGGGCACAAGCAUGAGAAUAUAUCUGGUUAUUCAAAUGUCCUGCAAGAAACACUGAUUCCAAUUAUUCCUGAGGAGAAAUGUAGAAGCCCUGAAAUUUAUGGAACAGAAAUCACCGAAAAUAUGUUCUGUGCUGGCUACUUUGACAGCAAAUCUGAUGCUUGUCAGGGAGAUUCUGGUGGGCCUCUGGCCUGUGAGAAGAAUGAAAUCUCUUACCUCUAUGGAGUUAUCAGCUGGGGAGAUGGCUGUGGCAGAGUCAACAAACCUGGAGUGUACACACGAGUGACAAACUAUGUAAACUGGAUUAAUGAGAAAAUAUCCCCCCGGAAAACUAGUUGA